AUGCUUCAACCUCGAUUGGCCUUGACGGGCCUUCGUCUUCCGUUCAGAUGCCUGUCUUCGGUGUCUUCUAGGUCCUACUCAAGUGUUGUGCACGAAAAAGAGACUCCCCCGACGGAGUCUUCGACGUCAACUUUCGACCCAAGCAUUGCUUUUGCUCCCCCUCCUACGCGAGAUGAUGCGGGAGUUCAAAUUCGAUCUUAUAAGCCCCGGACUCCCGGUAUCCGGCAUUUGCGGAGACCGAUCAACGAUCACCUUUGGAAAGGACGACCUGUACAGAAGCUGACGUUUCCCAAGCGAGGACAAAGUAAGGGUGGCCGUAACAACACGGGCAGAGUAACCAUCCGGCAUCGUGGUGGUGGUCACAAACGCCGUAUCCGAAUUGUCGAUUUUGCACGAACCGCUCCUGGUCCUCAUUUGGUGGAACGGAUUGAACAUGACCCUGGGCGAAGCGCUCACAUUGCGUUGGUCCGCAGCCAAGAAACCCAGCGCCUGAGCUACAUUUUGGCCGCGGAGGGAAUGAGAGCCGGUGAUGUUGUUCAGAGUUAUAUGCCUGGUAUCCCGGAAGACCUGUGGAAAAGUAUGGGAGGUGUUGUCGAUCCUGGUGUGCUCGCCGCAAGGACUGCUUGGAGAGGAAACUGCUUGCCAUUACACAUGAUUCCCGGGGGCCAGCUCUGCCGUAGCGCCGGUACUUUUGCAACCGUUAUUGCGAAGGGUAGCAAUACACAGGCUGCACAGAACGAGCAGGCUCAAGAAGAGGGCGAGGAAAAGAAACCCUUGUCCCAACGUGAACAACAGAAGCAGGAACGUAUUGCGCAGCAUAUUACCAUUCGUCUCCAAAGUGGUGAAGUCCGCCUGAUUCAUAAGGAUUGCUGCGCGACCGUCGGUGUUGCUAGCAACCCGAACUACCAGUACAGCCAACUCGGAAAGGCCGGCCGAUCGCGCUGGCUGAACAUUCGCCCCACUGUCCGUGGUCUUGCCAUGAACGCCAUGGACCAUCCCCAUGGUGGUGGACGAGGAAAGUCCAAGGGUAAUGUUGAUCCGAAGAGUCCUUGGGGUCUUCCGGCGAAAUCCGGUUAUAAGACUCGUCCCAAGUGGAAGGUCAACAAGGCUGUGGUUGUCCCCAGAGUCCGUAACCAGGGCAAGCGUCGUAGAGGAUACAGCUAA